GCUAGGUUUUAUCUCUCAGCCGACAUCACAAACACACAAGACAACCAGGGUACAAUCCAUUCUCUCUCGCUCACUCGUUCAAUCGCACGGACGAACCCACCGUUCAAUCGCAUAACGUCACAGUCCACCGGCGAGGCCUUAGCCAGCUCCUGCGCAGCAGCGACGGCAUCGCCGAUAAUCACAAUCCCAUUCUCAUUUUUUCUGAUUCUGCCAAGUCCCAAAUCGAUCGACGACACAUUCAAUCGCUUCCACCAUCUAGAAUCGCACACGGCCACCUUCCACCGGCACACCGUGACGCCCUUCUUUGAAUCCGGCACACCAACGACGCCUUCCCCGACUCUACAGGUCUUAUGGACAUCAGCAACAGCAACAGCCACAUAUUAUGGUUCUUCAAGCAGAAAGGUUUUCAUGAGAAAGGCAUUAACGAAAUAAUGAGAAAAUGCAAACGCCUCGAAUCUGUCCAAAAACAAAACCUAUCAGAAAACUGGGAUUACUUAAAAUCCAUCGGCAUCCAAGAACGAAAGCUUCCAUCAAUCAUCACAAAAUGUCCCAAAAUCAUGACCCUCGAUCUAAACCAAAAACUCAUCCCAAUGAUCCAAUGCCUCACAACUCUCUCAACAAAACCCGAUGAAGUCCCUUCCGCCAUAACCAAAUUCCCCCACAUUUUAACCCACAGCAUCGAAGAAAAACUUUGCCCACUCCUCGGUUUCUUCGAGUCACUCGGUGUGUCAGGAACUCAACUCGGUAAACUCAUCCUCCAUAACCCUAGAAUCAUAAGCUACAGCAUCCAUUCCAAGCUUUCAGGGGUAGUUGACUUUCUUGUAAACAUCGGUUUGACCAAAGACGGAAUGAUCGGGAAAAUCUUGGUUAAAUACCCGUCCAUUAUGGGGUACAAUGUUGAGAAGCGGCUACGGCCCACAACCGAGUUUUUACUUUCGUUAGGGUUAACGAAAUCAGAUCUACAAAAGGUAGUGAUUAAUUUCCCUGAAGUUAUAUGUAGAGAUGUGGAUAAGAUUUUGAAACCGAAUCUUGAUUAUUUGAAAACCCGCGGGUUUGGUUCGGGUCAAAUAGCGAGUUUAGUGGGGCGAUAUCCACCGGUUUUGAUUAAGAGUGUUAAGAACUCGUUGGAACCGAGGAUUAGGUUUUUGGUGGAGGUGAUGGAUCGAGGAAUUGAGGAAGCUGCUGAUUAUCCUGAGUUUUUUCACCAUGGUUUCAAGAAACGACUUGAGAGACGUGAGAAGCUUUUGAAACAGAAGAAUGUUUCUUGCAGUUUGAGUGAAAUGCUUGAUUGUAAUCAUAACAAGUUUCUUUCAAGAUUUGAUCUCGUUGCCAAAAUUGUUUAACUUAUUCCUUCCAUCUUCUCUAUAUGUAAUAUGUAUGUAGUUGUUUUCAAGUUUUAAUUAUAUAUGAGAGUUUUAACGACUUAAUAGAGAAA